GAAGCUUCAUUGUGAAUUGCAGGAAGGUGGUUGAGGAGGCGGGAUUUCCACAGCAAUCCAUUUUCGGCCUCCACUGAAGGGCACUAGUUCCUCCUCAAGACAGGUCGUGUGUAGAGGGAUCACAUAUUUAUCAGCAGCUAUGGGCGGACACGAUUCAGGAACGCAGCACCAGUUCACUGGUAUCGCCAAGUACUUCAAUGCAUGGACCAUCACAGGCAGGCGAAAUUGUGUGCUCCUCACAUAUGCAAGCAUUGCCACAAUUGCCCUCUUCUUCAAGCUGAAGCCCAAGAAGGAAAAGGCCGUCACAGCCAGCUAAUUCAUGAUUCCUGUCUUUUUGCUCCGUUGUAUGGAGAGUUGGAUUCCGCUAGAUGUCCAUGUGCAUAUGCCGCCAUCACUGCUGUUGCAGCAUGUUUAAUAACUAUUAAUAAAACAAACAUGUAGUAGAAAA